AUGCUCACCAUAGUUGAUGAUUAUACCAGAGCCACCUGGAUUUACCUGAUGAGAUAUAAGGCAGAAACAGUCAUUAAUGUUAGGGAUUUUCUGAGAAUGGUGGAAGUUCAGUUUGGAGUUAAAGUUAACCAGAUAAGAACAGAUAAUGGGGGAGAGUUUGUUAAUAAAGAAAUGGAAAUGUUGUUGAAGGAUAACGGAAUAAUACACCAAAGGACCUGUCCUUAUACUCCACAACAAAAUGGUGUUGUGGAGAGAAAACACAGGUCCAUUCUUGAGGUGGCAAGAUCAUUGGCUUUCCAGUGCAAACUGCAAAGAAAUCUUUGGCCUUAUAGUUUGUUAGUAGCAGUACAAAUCAUCAACACAUUACCAAGUGAGAAGCUGAAGUGGAAAUCUCCUUAUGAGCUCUUGCAUGGCAGUGAACCAGCAUAUGGAAUGUUUAAGGUGUUUGGUUGCUUGUGUUAUGCAAGUAGGCUUGGUCCCAACAGGAAGAAAUUUAAUGAGAGGGCCAUGCCUUGUGUGUUUCUGGGAUACAUCUCAGGGACAAAGGGGUACAGAUUGUAUAGUUUGGAAUCUAAGGAAGUGUUUGUUUCCAGAGAUGUUAUAUUCUAUGAAGAAAGGUUUCCUUUCAUAGAUAAAAAAUCUUUGACCCCAGAACAAGAACCACUGGAGCCAGUUGUUGAUGAUUUCAUUACAUGUGAGCCUGAACCACAUGUGUUGAACAAUGAAAGGCAUGACCCACCUGCUGAAGAAAAUGUUGCAGGAUAUGAUAAGGCUAAGAAGGGGGAGGUUUGCUUACUUAAGAGAAGCUUGUAUGGGCUCAAACAAGCAUCUAGACAGUGGAACAUUGAGUUUUCUGAUAAGCUCAUUGCAUAUGGUUUUAAACAGUCACCACAUGAUCAUUGCCUUUUCUUCAAACAUUCAAGUCAUGGAUUGCUUGCCCUUCUGAUUUAUGUGGAUGAUGUGCUCAUUACAGGGAAAUCUUUGGAGGAUAUUGAGAAUCUUAAGUCUUAUCUUCAUGAUCUGUUUACUAUAAAGGACUUGGGACAGGCAAAGUACUUUCUUGGACUUGAAAUUCAUAGAACAGGUGCAGGCACUUACCUUAGUCAAAGGAAGUAUAUCAUGGACAUUGUGCAUGAUCUUGGGCUGGAGAAUUCUAAGCCUACCACCACACCUUUGCCACAAGGGUUGAAUUUAUCUUCAUUGCAGUCACCACCACUUGAUAAUCCACAGAAGUUUAGAAGAUUAGUUGGGAGACUUCUUUAUUUGAACCUAUCCAGAGCUGAUGUUUCUUAUGCCAUCCAACAACUUAGCCAGUUUGUCCAUUCUCCUUCCCAAAGACAUUGGACUGCAGACGGUCUCAUUUUACCUCAGCACAUCUCCUCUUCCCUUCAACCGGCUGAUGUGUUCACAAAAUCCCUUGGUGGUGCUGACUUUUCUCGGUUCAUUUGCAAGCUUCGAAUGCGGUUGCCUCCCCCCAUUCCUGCUUGA